GGGAGCGCGCCAGCCGCCGGGAGUGGGGGGCGAUGGCGAAGCUCCGGGUGGCUUACGAGUACACGGAAGCCGAGGACAAGAGCAUCCGGCUCGGCUUGUUUCUCAUCAUCUCUGGCGUCGUGUCGCUCUUUAUCUUCGGCUUCUGCUGGCUCAGUCCCGCGCUGCAGGAUCUGCAAGCCACGGCGGCCAACUGCACGGUGCUGUCGGUGCAGCAGAUCGGCGAGGUCUUUGAGUGCACCUUCACCUGUGGCGCCGACUGCAGGGGCACCUCGCAGUACCCCUGCGUCCAGGUCUACGUGAACAACUCCGAGUCCAACUCCAGGGCGCUGCUGCACAGCGACGAGCACCAGCUCCUGACCAACCCCAAGUGCUCCUAUAUUCCUCCCUGUAAGAGAGAAAAUCAGAAGAACUUGGAAAGUGUCAUGAAUUGGCAACAGUACUGGAAAGAUGAGAUUGGUUCCCAGCCAUUUACUUGCUAUUUUAAUCAAUUUCAAAGACCAGAUGAUGUGCUCCUUCAUCGCACGCAUGAUGAGAUUGUCCUCCUGCAUUGCUUUCUCUGGCCCCUGGUGACAUUUGUGGUGGGCGUUCUCAUUGUGGUCCUGACCAUCUGUGCCAAGAGCCUGGCAGUCAAAGCAGAAGCCAUGAAGAAGCGCAAAUUCUCUUAAAGGGGAGUAGGCUUGUGGCAAGCAAAGCACAGAAACUGCGCUUAUCGGCACACAUCUACCUGCGGAGGCUGUUUCCUGGUGCAGGAGAUGGAAGGGGCUACGAGAGGUCUCUGAGAGGCUCCUCCCUCAAUGGCAGCAGAGACCGGCACAACUGGAAGACUUGGAACCUCAUAGAUUGUAUGCCAUGUGUCGUAGCGAUGGCUGAAGGGUCAAGCUCUUAACCGUAUGGAGUAACCAUUUCAGAAAAUCCUAUAAGAAGUUAAUUUUCUUUGGAAAGUAACAGUAUAUAAUUGUACAGUGUAGUAUACAAACCAUUAUGAUUUCUGCUACUUAAAAACAUUAAAAGAGAGUGGUCUGUGUUCUUU